AUGAAUAAUCUGCAAGCUCUUAAAAAUGCACGACGUGUACUUCAAAUUCGACAAUCGGCUAUUCCUACUGCUGUAGCUCGUCUUCAUUCUGAUUCAGGAAUUGGAGAUCGACCUUGGGAUAAAAGUACACGUGCUGUUGUUGACGAACUGCCUGAUGUUAUUUCACCAGCAGACAUAAAAAGUCGACAUUUACCUGGUACCGAUUCUCAUUCACAUCAAGUAUUUGAACCAAAAACAGAUAAAAAUAUCGUAAAAGGUCGUGCAGCAGGUGCUCAUUUUGAUUUACGUUGUCAAAAUUGGGAACGAAAUCAAAAUAAAGAUUUUCGUUCACGAAUGAAACAGUGGGAAAUGGAUCAACAAGCGUUUAAAACGUCGCGUUUAAUUAAAUAUCAAGAAUAUGGUACAUAUGAAUCUAAUCGUGGAAAUAUUAGUGGACGUCCAUGUCUUUCGAAUUCAACACCAAUGACUUUACAUCAUUUAGCAAAAUCGAAGUCUGCUUCCAUUGCGGGUGCUCAUCAUAAGGGAUCAUUAACAAAAUCUGGAGAUCAAGCAGCAAUACGAUCACCAUCACAUUAA